UAGUUAUACAGUCUCCAUAUAAAACUCGAUAAACUCAACAAGCAGUGAAACUGAUGUUAACAAAUAAUUUUUGUUCCUAGCGCGUUUUUUUAUUUCAAAACCAACGAUAAUCAAAUACAGUUGUCUUUUCAAAAUGAAAACAUUUUUACUGCUUAUUUGUUUUAUCGGUGCUGUCAGAAGUGGUACGAAUGAUUUUUGCCCUUGUUUGACUCAAGUAUGUUCAACAUUUGCAAGCAUUCCAUAUUAUCCAUUUUCACCAUCUUGGAGUUAUUUAUUUGAAGAAAAUCCUAAUAUGUAUAACUCUGGUGUUGAAGGAUCACUGGUUUUAAACCUUAAUAAUGCAAAAAUAAUGUUAAUGCCAGAGAGAAGAGGAUCAGUUUUAUUUUGUAAUGGUGUUCCUAAUUGUUUAACAAGUACUAAUUAUCCGUUGCCUGAUUCUGAUUGUGUAAGUGAUUUAACUAAAUGCACAAGUGGCGGUUUUACAUUUUCAUUGUGGGUGAAAAUAGGAGUAAAUGAAAAAUCAAGAUUGACAAAAAAUGCUGCUACCAACAUAACCACUUUUAUUAAUUUUCCAGGUCAAGGAAUGUCUAUAAAGUAUGAUCAUUACUUAGAAAGUUGGCUAGUUGUUGCAAGACAGGGAACAUUUUCUGGGGUUGUUCAAUUUUCUGGAAACAAUGCAGAAAGAUGGCAUCAUAUUGUCGGAAUAGCUUAUUCUAGUCUUUAUGUUUCUGCAUUUUUAGAUGGACAGUUUAUGGGAAACCAAUCAAUGGACACUGUUUCACAAACUGCUUGGUCUAAAGCAACUGCUACAUACUUUCAAGGUGGAGAAAAUCCUACCUAUGGGCGUUUCUGGAUUGAUGACUUUAAAAUGUGGGCAACACCAUUAACUGCUAGUCAAAUUCAACAAAACUAUAUUGAUGAAAGUACUGAUUAAGCCGAUUUAUUGAAAGAUGUUUACAUUUUGUUCCUUGACAAGGAAAAUCAAAAAGAAUAGAA